AUGUACACAGCCACUCCACCAUGUACACAGCCGCUCCAUCAUGUACACAGCCACUCCACCAUGUACACAGCCACUCCACCAUGUACACAGCCGCUCCAUCAUGUACACAGCCACUCCACCAUGUACACAGCCACUCCACCAUGUACACAGCCACUCCACCAUGUACACAGCCACUCCACCAUGUACACAGCCACUCCACCAUGUACACAGCCACUCCACCAUGUACACAGCCACUCCACCAUGUACACAGCCACCCACCAUGUACAGCCACUCCACCAUGUACACAGCCACUCCACCAUGUACACAGCCACUCCACCAUGUACACAGCCACUCCACCAUGUACACAGCCACUCCACCAUGUACACAGCCACUCCACCAUGUACACAGCCACUCCACCAUGUACACAGCCACUCCACCAUGUACACAGCCACUCCACCAUGUACAGCCACUCCACCAUGUACACAGCCACUCCACCAUGUACACAGCCACUCCACCAUGUACACAGCCACUCCACCAUGUACACAGCCACUCCACCAUGUACACAGCCGCUCCACCAUGUACACAGCCACUCCACACGUCCUACUAUGA